AUGACAAAUAUUAGAGCCAAUAAAUUUUUCUUAAAGAAAAUUGAAGAAAAGAGAUGGGAUUUUGAUGAGGAAAUUUGGGUUGUUCCAGAUUGUUUUAAUUCUUUGGUUUAUGAUUCUGAUUUGUUAGUGAAAACUCUUAGCUCAAUUCGUCGUAGGCCGAAUGUGGCGUUGAGAUUAUUCAAGUGGGCUGAAGGGCAAAAAGGGUUUAACUAUUCAGAGUUUGUUUUUUGUACUAUUCUUGAUAUUUUAAUACAGAAUGGUUGGUUUAAAUCUGCUUAUUGGGUGGUUGAAAGAGUGAUUAGUUGUAAUGUGCAUAGAGUUGUCGAUGUUUUGGUUGAUGGGUAUUUGAAUUUGCAAGUUUCUGUUGAGAUACUUAAUCUUUUGUUGAGGGUUUAUGUGAAGAACGCGAAUGUGGGGCAGUGCUUGUUAGUUUUUGAAAAGAUGUUGAGGAAUCAGCUGUUGCCUGAUGUGAAGAAUUGUAAUAGAAUUUUAAGGAAUUUAAGAGAUAGGAAUAUGGUUGUGAAGGCGAGAGAAGUGUAUAGGAUGAUGGGCGAGGUCGCGAUAAAGCCGAGUAUAGUUACUUAUAAUACAAUGCUGGAUUCGUUUUGUAGAGAAGGUGAAGUGCAACAGGCUUUGGAUCUUUUAUCAGAAAUGCAGAGGAGGGAGUGUUAUCCGAAUGAUGUUACUUACAAUAUCUUGAUUAAUGGGUUGUCGAAGAAAGGGGAGUUUAACUUGGCUAGAGGUUUAAUUGGAGAGAUGUUGAAUAAAGGACUAGAGGUUUCGGCUUAUUCGUAUAACCCUUUAAUUUAUGGUUACUGGGAGAAGGGAAUGGUUGUUGAAGCAUUGGGUCUUGGAGUAGAGAUGGAGAUAAGAGGAGUUUCACCGACUGUGUCUACUUAUAAUACAUUUAUUUAUGCUCUUUGUCAGCAGGGGCGAGCAAGUGAAGCAAGGCAGUGGUUUUCCGUCAUGUUGAAGAAGAAUUUGGUGCCGGACAUAAGGUCAUACAACACUUUGAUUUAUGGAUAUUGUCGAUUGGGAAAUACUAAUGAUGCCUUUUCAUUGUUACAUGAUUUAAGAAGUGGUGACAUUUUUCCUACGGUAGUCACCUAUAAUACAAUUAUGGAUGGACUCUGUGGAAAAGGUGAGUUAGAGGAUGCUAUGCAGCUGAAAGACGAAAUGACAAGAUGCGGUAUCUCUCCUGAUGUGUUUACUUACACGAUUCUGGUUCAUGGUUCCUGCAAGGCGGGAAAUUUACUGUUGGCAAAAGAACUAUUUGAUGAGAUGCUACACAAGGGGUUGGAGCCGGACUCCGUUGCCUACACAACUCGAAUAGCAGGUGAACUGCGGUUGGGUGACAUAUUGAAGGCGUGCAAACUACAAGAGGAAAUGUCGGUGAAGGGAUUCCCACCAGAUAUAAUAAUCUACAAUGUAUUUGUUGAUGGCAUCGCUAAGCUGGGUAAUCUAGAAGAAGCAACUGAGUUAUUACAUAAGAUGGUUGGCGACGGCCUUAUGCCUGACCAUGUAACAUAUACCAAUGUAAUUCAUGCCUACCUCGAAUUUGGGAACCUAAAGAAAGCCAGAGAGUUGUUUGAUGAGAUGAUAAGCAAAGAGAUAUCUCCAACAGUUGUAACUUACACAGUGCUAAUUCAUGCGCAUGCUGGUAAGGGGAGGCUUGAGCUUGCACAUAUGUAUUUUUCGGAGAUGCAACAGAAGAGCAUUCUGCCAAAUGUGAUUACCUACAAUGCGCUGAUAAAUGGCCUUUGCACAUAUAGAAGAAUAAAUGAGGCUUACAGUUACUUUGCUGAGAUGAAAGAAAGAGGAAUUGGCCCUAAUAAAUAUACAUACACCAUUUUGAUAAAUGAGAACUGUGAUUUGGGUAAUUGGCAAGAGGAUUCGAGACUGUUCAAAGAGAUGUUGGAUAAAAGGAUCCAACCUGAUUCUUUAACGUACAGUGUGAUGUUGAAAAAUCUCGGCAAAGAUUGUAAAUCACAUGCCAUAGAAUACCUUGACUUUAUAAUUUUAGGUGAUGAAGAUGAUGAAGGCACUGCUGAAGCAAAGAGUUGAGCAAUCCGUGAACAACCACUGGAAUUCUUGAAUGACUACCUUCAGUUGUUGAACUCUGAUCCGAAGGUAUAACACUGUGAGCUUCAUGCAGAAACCUCUGUAAUAGCUGCUGGUGAAGCAGAUAGAGCUGUCAUGGUUCAUUUUGGAUUUGGGCCUGCUUAAUAUUUGGGCAAACACAAAAGUCUAUGAGCAUUUCCAGAUAACACAACUCUAUUGCAGGACUAGGACGGGCUUAUUAGCUUCAAACUACGUUGUUGCUGUCUGUACAGUGCAGAAAGCCGGGAUUGACAUCAAGUAUGGUUUUAUCCAAGCUGUUUAGAGGUAUCAGGGAGUGAUUUAUGCCUUCUUCUGUGUCCUCUGAACCUGUGGACAUUCUUAUGAAUGUGGUGGUGUGCAGAUUCUUGAAAAAUUUGCGCUGGUCAGUGGCACGUGUUGCUCCGAUCCCUGAAUAUUUCUACCCAAACGUCAAAGCAGUAAAGCAAAUAAUGCAACAUACUCUGGAAGUCGUGAGCAGUGGAUAAAUGAUCGUUGAGGAUGGGGCUAUUCUGCUGGAAUCUGCCAUAUCAAAUUCAAUCAUUUAAAGCGUGGUAAUAGUUACUUACCUGAGGCCUUUUAAAGUCUAAGUUCUGUCAUAAAGUUUCACCCUUUUCAUGCGGCAUGUUUGUUGGUUUACAUGCUUCCCACUGGUUGGUGCUAUGCCUGUUUUUAUUUUACUAGUCUCUCGCCACAUGCGUUGCACGUGUAUCCCGCGAAGGGACAGAUCAAGUGUUAUAAUCAAAAAUAGGGAACGUUCAUGACGAAAA